AACGCGGUGGUGUGUUUACAGACCGCCGGACACUUGGAGAUCCGGCUCGCUGAGAGCAUGUGGAUUGACAGCCUGUUGGAUUACACCAUGAGGAAGAGCUGCGAAACUCGGGGCCAGCAAGUAUUCUUCCAUUUAAGAAGAUGACAGCUUUGGUGUUAAACCUGAUGAGUUCAGGGACAUCUUUGAAAGCAACAUUAACUGUUUACACAGCUGAAAUGUCCGCAACUGCAAGUCCAACCAUUCCCUCCUCUCAAUUGACAUCGGAUCAACUCACCGUGGUCGCUGCGUGUUUUUCCUCCCUGGUGUUCUUUGUUGUUAUUGUGGUACUCCUGUCCAUCAUUUACCGCAAGGAUCGGCAGUGUUGCAGAUUGCGCUCUUAUCAGGGACCACAUGCAGAUAUGGAUGCUCCUCCUCAGUACUACAGCAGCAGGCAGACACUGGUGGGAUCACCGUGUUUUGAGCAGACGCACAUCCCAGAUGCCAACAAUACUGACGGGAGCCAGCUGUUCUUUGUUGGCCUGCCCUCCAGCUACAGUCUGCCCUCUCUGGAGCCCCCGCUAGCCAGGCUGCCCUCCUACGAGAGUGUCCGAAAAAAAGAUCGCCAGAGGCAGAUCCACAUGAUGAUAGCGGACCGUUUUGGCCUCAAUGGACCCAUUGAGACGGAGCCCCCUCCAUCAUAUGAAGAGAGUGUCCGUCAGUCUGUGGAGCUGCCGUACAACAUCCUUCCACCUAGUUUGGACACUUCUUCCACUUUGGGUAAUCAAACCAACUCGGCAUUUGAUGUUCAAACUGAGGCACCUAAUGUAGUCAACUCUGAGAGCAGCGACAAUAUUCUUCCAGUGUUAUUGAGACUGAGUUCAGAGGAUGUUUAAUUAAUGUGACAGACUUGAAAAUGAGUGGAAUUUAAAGACCAUAAAAUGGUUGGAACAUGGUUCACAAGUACGUUGACUGAAAUACCUCAAGACUGACUUUUGGCCAUCUGGAGCUGGACAACCAAAAACAACAACAACAAAAAAAAGAACUGAACUGAAUAUGUCUGUGUGCAACUCUCAACAGAGAAAAGACUCAAUGUUGCUGGUUCAACUUGGAUGAGACGAAAUAUGGACAGCAUAAAAACUGUGAACUGAAUGACUGAAAAUGCUGAAAUGCUGAAAAGAUAUUUUUGGGGGUUGGGAUAAAGCAUCAUUUGAGUAAAAGUUCAUUUUUGCUUUGCUGUUUGUACAGGGCAGACAACUCUAUUCUGAGUUAGGAGUUUAUCACAAUUUUUGAAUGAGGCCAUCUCACCACUGCUCCAAAAAAUAAAAGGGAUAUUUCAUACAGUGCUGGCCCAAAGUAUUGGCACCCCUCAAAUUUUGUCAGAUAAUGCUCAAUUUCUCCCAGAAAAUGAUUGCAAUUACAAAUGCUUUGGUAGCAAUAUCUUCAUUUAUUUUGCUUGCAAUGAAAAAAAUCAAACAAGAAUGAAAAAAAAUAAAAUACUGUAAAUCAUUAGCAUUUUACAGAAAACUCCAAAAAUGAGCCGGACAAAAGUAUUCGCACCCUCAGCUUAAUACUUGGUAGCACAACCUGUAGACAAAAUAACGGCGAACAACUGCUUCCGUUAUCCAUCAAUGAGUUUCUUACAAUGCUCUGCUGGAAUUUUAGACCAUUCUUCUUCGGCCAACCGCUCCAGGUCUCAGAUUUGAAAGGUGCAUUCUCCAAACUGCCAUUUUCAUAUCUCUCCACAGUUGUUCUAUGGGAUUCAGGUCUGGACUCAUUGCUGGCCACUUUAGAAGUCGCCAAUGAUUUCUCUCAAACCAUUUUGUAGUGCUUUUUGAAGUGUAUUUUUGGGUCUUUGUCCUGCUGGAUGACCCAUGACCUCUGAAGGAGACCCAGCUUUCUCACACUGGGCCCUACAUUAUGCUGCAAAAUUUGUUGGUAGUCUUCAGACUUCAUAAUGCCAUGCACACGGGCAAGCAGUCCAGUGCCAGAGGCAGCAAAGCAACCCCAAAACAUCAGGGACCCUCCACCAUGUCUGAAUGUGGCGACCAUGUUCUUUUCUUUGAAGGCCUCGUUUUUUUCCCCCCUGGAAACUCUAUGUUGAUGCCUUUUACCAAAAACCUCUACUAUUCUUCCAAAACGUUUUUGGAUUUCUCAGGUAAAAUUUUGCAAACUCCAGCCAGGCUUUUUUAUGUCUCUGGGUCAGAAGUGGGAUCUUCCUGGGUAUCUUACCAUAAAGUCCCUUUUCAUUCAGAUGCUGACGGAUAGUACGGGUUGACACCGUUGUACGCUUGGACUGCAGGACAGUUUGAACUUGUUUGGAUGUUAGUCAAAGUUUUUUAUCCACCAUCCGCACAAUCUUUCGUUGAAAUUUCUCAUCAAUUUUUCUUUUUCGUCCACAUCUAGGGAGGUUAGCCACAGUGCCAUGGGCUUUACACUUAUUAAUGACACUGCGCACGGUAGACACAGGAACAUUCAAGUCUUUGGAGAUGGACUUUAGGCCUUGAGACUGCCCAUGCUUCCUCACAGUUUUGCUUCUGAAGUCCUCAGAAAGUUCUUUGGUCUUCUUUCUUUUCUGCAUUCUCGAUUUGGUACACACAAGGACACAGGACAGAGGUUGAGUCAACUUUAAUCCAUUUUAACUGGUUGCAAGUGUGAUUUAGUUAUUGCCACCACCUGUUAUGUGUCACAGUUAAGUAACCGGUGCUGUUAAUUACACAAAUUAAAGAAGCAUCACAUGAUUUUUCAAAGGGUGCCAAUACUUUUGUCAGGCCCAUUUUUGGAGUUUUGUGUAAUGAUAAUGAUUUAACUUUGUUUUUUUAUAAGUGAAAUAAAUGAAGAUAUUACUACCAAAGCAUUUGUAAUUGCAAUCAUUUUUUGGGAGAAAGUGAGCAUUAUCUGACAAAAUUGCAGGGUAAAAAAUACUUUUGGCCAUCACUGUAGAUGUUGAUUCAUUAGAUAUUCCACUCAGAAAUUUUAAAAUGUACAAACUUCAUUAAAUUAUUUUCUGCUCCUUGACAGCCUACAAUGUGAUUGUUUCAUAGUUAGUUAUUGGGUUUGUAAUUCAGAUCAUUACUUACCUUCUGAUAAACUUGUUAUUCUACAUAUUGUAUCUCGGCACUGGGAUAAUGAAAUGCAUCAUAAAGCUUUGCGAAUGAAUGAACGAAUGAAUGAACGAAUGAAUGAAAAGACGUUUUCUUGUCCUGCCAUGGUUAAAUUACCUCACAUGCAGUCUUUGGCCUGCUUGUAUUUAUUGAUGAAAAAGAUGACUCCUCAUCGUUCAUCUUCAGCAAGAAUUAUAAUUAUUGUUUUAUUGUAUAUAGUGUCCUCAUAUAUCUGUUGUACAUCCUUAACAAGUCAAGUGUGUAAUUUUCAAUAAAAAUAUUCCAUUAAAACAGCCUUUUUUUAUGACAUAGAUGAGUUAAUUCAAAAAUUGGAUACGUUCAGUCCCUCCAGCCUCAUGAAAUU